AUGAUCUUACCUCGAUUCCAGCCGUUAGCUCCAGCUCAUCGCUUAGAACGCCGUUUAUGCAACUGUAUCGAGCUUGAUAUCGUUCGAAUCCAACCAUGGCACUUCCACUUUGCCAGAGGUUCUGGAAACACCGGAAAAAUCUCUCAACAACCAGGAAGGAAAGAACUUAGACCUUUACUCCUUGUCCUUCAAAUUUGUACACCCAUGGGUACGGGUAAAGAUGGAACGGAAUCAAAAACAGACAAACAGGACGGAGAAGAUUCGGGAAAGGAGCCGGUUUCGUAUUCAGAAUUGUUUCGGUACGCUACCAAAAAGGACAGAUUUUACAUUUCUUCUGGAUUUAUACUAUCCAUAAUGGUUGGAAUCCUCUUGCCACUCACCUCUGUUGCUGAUGGCUUGUAUUCGAACAACUACUUGACCGACAAUGACCAUAUUGGUAAUAAAACACUGCUGGCGUAUUCCCUAUACAUUGCCGCUGCUUUCCUCGGCCUAGGAGCAUUAUUAUUUAUUUGCUGUUUUCUGCAGCACUAUCUUUUCUCGACUGCCAGUCGAAACAUGGCAAAUCGAAUUAAGAAGGAAUUUGUCAAAGCAGUUCUUCGGCAAAACGCCACGUGGUUUGCAGAGAACAAUGCUGGGAUGAUUACAACUAAGUUGUCCGAAAACAUCACACAAAUCGAGGAUGGAGUAGGCGACAAGAUGGGAAUGCUUGCAAGAGGAAUAACCACAUUCAUUGCAAGCGCAGUAGUUGCAUUCAUUUACAGUUGGAGAAUCACCCUCCUCUGUGUUGGUGUUGGUCCGAUGAGCGCCGCCACUAUGAUGUUAAUGGCGUGGUUGUCGUCAUCCACAAUGAAGAAAAUGAUGUCGGUUUCGGAAGAGGCUGGGUGUAUUGCUGAGGAGGCUAUUAUGAAUGCAAAAACUGUAGCGGCUUGUAAUGGACAGGACUACAUGGUUAAGAAGUACGAAAGAAAACGGAAAGGAAACCUGCCAUUCGCCAUUCAAUACAGUUUCAUCACUGGAUUCUUCGAAGGAUUCACCUAUUUUCAAUUCUACAUAUUCUACUCCGGUGCUUACCUAUAUGGAGUCAUCAGCUACUAUAAUGGAAUCACUUCAAGCCCUGGUGCCGUUUUCAUAUCGACUGGAGCAGUUUUGAUGGGGUCAUAUUUAUUUGGGCUCCUUGGUCCUCAUAUGCUGGCCAUAUCGAAGGCAAGAGUUGCCGCAGCUGUUAUUUACGAAACAAUUGAUAAGGGUGAGGAAAACGCCAGAGAGGAAGGGGAAGAGCUAACAGAAUGUAAAGGCUAUGUAGAAUUCAAAGACGUAUAUUUCAAAUAUCCGAAGAGAGAAUCACCGAUCCUGAGAGGAAUUAGCUGGAUAGCAGAACCUGGUGAAACUGUCGCAUUUGUGGGAAAGAGCGGAUGUGGAAAGAGUACAAGCAUUGCAAUACUUACCCGGCUGUAUGAUUGUGACUCUGAAUCCGUAUUUUUGGAUGGACGCGAUAUUCGAACGAUCAGGAGAAGUAGUCUUAGAAAAAUGAUCGGUAUCGUACAGCAAGAACCAUGUUUGUUCAACGGCACAAUACGAGAAAAUAUUGAUCUCGGACGAUCGAUAAAUGAAGUAAAUAUUGAAAAGGCAGCUCGAAUAGCAAAUGCACACGAUUUUAUUAUGAAAUUAGAAAAGGGUUACGACACACUUAUCGGUGCAGGAGGGAUUGCAUUGUCUGGAGGUCAAAAACAACGUAUAGCAAUAGCUCGAGCACUUGCAACACAACCGCGGAUCCUUCUUCUUGAUGAAGCCACCAGUGCAUUGGAUUCAGAAAGCGAGAAAAUAGUGCAGCAAGCACUAAAUCAAGCAGCGCAUGGGCGAACAACUAUUGUGGUUGCUCACCGACUAAGCACUUUGAAGGACGUUCAAAGGAUUUACGCAAUCGAUGAGGGAAGAGUUGUCGAAUACGGGACACACUUUGACCUACUCAAGAAAGGCGGGCUCUACAGCAGUUUUGCCAAAGCACAGGAAGUUGGGACUGAUACAGAUGAAAAACGAAAACAAGUCACGGAAACCGAAGCAGUUGAGCGCAUUCCGCUGAUGGUUCGACAGGAUGUUAGAACGAGCGGAGUGGUAAGACGAUCUGUGACAUCUUUGGCUGUACAGCAGAUCGAAACCACAGGACAAGUGCUAGAAAGCGAUGAGAACGAACAAGGAGCAGGUAUACUAAGGGUGUACUGUACGUGCCUACGUUCUCGCGUUGUGUUCUGGAUUGCUCUGGUGGCAGGAAUUCUAAGAGGAAUGGAAAUGCCGCUCUCAUCAUUCUUCGUCGGCUUCAUGUUCCGCGCUUUGAAUCAGACGAAGGACACGUACGUGCCAACAAUGUGGGUGGCUGUUGCUGUGUUCAUUGGCCUUGGAGUUUACUCAUGGAUUUUUCUAUCAACUUCUGUUUCCUUUGGAGGGUGGACAGGAGAAGUGGUUACAUCAGAAAUGUGCGUUGGAGUGCUUAAAAGUCUUCUGAGCCAGGAUGCCGAAUUUUUCGACAGGCCGAAGAGAAGUAAUGCUGCAUGCGUAGCUGAACUCGUUUCAAAGGCUCAGGAUGUUCAAGCUUGCCUUGACUACCGUUUCAUGCUUAUGCUGAACAAUCUCGUCGCGCUUAUCGCAUGCAUUAUUCUGUCGUUAGUAGCUUGUUGGCCAAGUGGUGUGGCGAACACAAUAAUGAUCGUAUUAGUCACCGCCGGCUUAUGGGUUGCGGCAAAGACAGUGUCGAUGAAUCUUAUCAAGAAAUCGGAACUUGACAAAACGACAGAGCUUUCUAUCGAAAUUUUUGAACAUGCACAAACAAUUCAAGUACUUGCUGCAGAAAAUUAUUUUGUGGAAAAGUUUGAAGAUUACCAGAAUGCAGUGAAGUCACAAGAGAUAAAGACCGCAUUUUAUCGAGCCCUGCAGUUCGCUCUUACCCAAAGCUACGUCUAUUUUUCAAAUAUGGCGACUUAUGGGUUCGGCGCACUUAUGAUAUACUUUGGGCACGUCCAGGCGCAAGAUGCAGUGGUGGCAUCCACGAGUGCAAGUCUUGCUGGAUGGGCAGUGAUUCUGGCCUCGGAGGCUUUCGGAGACUUUGCUCGAUCACACGUGGCUGCAAAAGCGCUAUAUAAGCUCAUCGAUUGCCUUAAGGAGCAUGAGGAGGGAAUGAGACAGACAAUUAAUGGAUCAAUCAAGGUGGAAAAAGUGAACUUUUGCUAUCCUUCACGACCUGAAGUUAAGGUUGCUCGCAAUCUCAACCUUGUUGCUCGAAGUGGAGAAAUGAUCGCGUUAGUAGGCGCAUCUGGCUGUGGAAAGAGCACCGUUGUUCAACUCCUGGAGAGGUUUUACACUCCAAAUAGUGGCACUAUUAAAGUUGACGAUUACGACAUACAGAAGAUCAACCUUGCUCAUCUAAGAAACAACAUUGGUCUUGUCGGACAAGAACCAGUCUUGUUUAGAGGGACGAUUCUGGAGAAUAUAACACUAGGAAUGACUGGUGUCCGUAUCGAAGAUGUUCGUGAAAUAUGUAGGAAAGCGAAUGCUGCUAGUUUCAUCGAAGGCUUUCCAGAGGGCUACGAAACUGAUGUCGGUGAAAAAGGAAGCAAUUUAUCAGGCGGCCAGAAACAACGCAUAGCGAUCGCAAGAGCACUGAUUCGGAAACCAAAAAUUUUGUUACUUGACGAGGCCACAAGUGCUCUUGACACCGAAAGUGAGAAGAUCAUACAAUCAGCACUAAAUGAAAUUAGUCAUGGUAGGGCCACAAUAUCAAUCGCUCAUAGGUUAAGCACCAUUAGAGACGCAGACAGAAUAUACUACAUUGAAAACGGCUCAGUCGUCGAAUACGGAACUCACGAAGAACUAAUUGAAGCUGAUGGAAAAUAUGCGGCUCUUGUGAAAGUUCAAACGCUAAGUAAAAACGAGUAG